CACAACAAAAUGUGGAAUAAGUGAAGGGGUAUGAAUACUUUCUGAAGGCUCUGUAGAUUUUGGGUUUCUGAUGGGGUGUGACUGUGGAACUAAGCUCAUGAGGCGGUUUCUAAGUUAUAUUCUUCAAGAAUCAAUGGACAUUUCAGAAUUGCUGGGAGAAGUCAUCAAAAUGUCGACAUUGACUAGCAGUUGACAACUGAAUACUUCUGGAGACGAGAAUCUAAAGACUAAGCAAGGAGGCGAGGAAAGGGAACAGCGUGGUUCCGCCCCCAUCAGGAAAUGACGACACGACAGUCAACACGCGGAAGUUCCGUGUUUAGUUGAUUAGUGACGUUGUGCCUGAGACAAAUGUGCCUUGCUUCAGCUAAACGGGAUGAAUGAACUAGUUGUGCUACCCGAAGAGAUUCAUUGAAACAGCAGCAAACAAGCACUUCAUGGUCAAUCCGAUGUCUGCAUUAGCCGUGCGGUAUUUACGGUGACAUGUCCUCUGCAGAAGUCAGGGAAUUCAUACUUCUUUGCGCUUCGUAGAGCAGUUGUGAAGGAAGAUGUUCAAAGAAGACAGAGGCAGGAUGUUGGAGUCCUAUGUCACGCCCCUGUUGAUGACCUACGUGAACAAAUACAUCAAGAACCUGAAGCCCUCUGACCUGCAGCUGUCGCUAUGGGGAGGAGAUGUGGUACUGAGCAAGCUGGAGCUGAAGCUGGAUGUCCUGGAGCAGGAGCUGAAACUGCCCUUUACCUUCCUGAGCGGUCACAUCCACGAGCUGCGUAUCCACGUACCCUGGACCAAACUGGGCUCAGAGGCCGUGGUCGUCACCAUUAACACCAUGGAGUGUAUCCUCAAACUGAAGGAUGGCGUACAGGACGACCAUGAGAGUGGUUCCAGCUCCACGAGUCGCAGCGCCUCAGAGAGCUCCAAGACCCUUAGCAAGCCGCGCCGUCUCCAGCAAGCCGCCCCGUCCGACCCAGACCUGCCCCCAGGCUACGUCCAGAGUCUGAUCCGUCGGGUGAUCAACAACGUCAACAUCGUGGUGAAUAACCUGAUCCUGAAGUACGUGGAGGAUGACAUCGUCCUGUCUGUCAACAUCACCUGUGCUGAGAGUUACACCGUCCACGAGUUCUGGGACCGAGCCUUCAUGGACAUCACAGCUCCUGAUCUGGUGCUGCGUAAAGUGAUCAACUUCAGCGACUGUACGGUGUGUCUGGAUAAGAGGAACGGCAGUGGAAAGAUCCAGUUUUACCAGGAUCCUCUCCUUUACAAGUGUUCCUUCAGGACGCGACUACACUUCACCUACCAGAACAUCAACUCUAAGAUCCCUGCUGUUAUCAAGAUCCAGACGAUGGUCGAGUCCCUGAAGCUGUCCAUCACAGACCAGCAGCUGCCCAUGUUCAUCAGGAUCAUGGAGCUGGUCCUCAGCCUCUACUACGGAGAGAUAGGAGGAGGAGGGAAGGACGGAGAGGGAGAGGAGGGGAGCGGAGAUAGAGAGGUCAUCACUACACCAGGUCUGGAAGGAGACCCAGAGGCCCAGGCCAUGGCAGGACAGUACCCCAGCCCAGAGAUGUACAUGCAGGGGGAGGAGGGGGACCAGGGCUGGGUGUCCUGGGCCUGGUCCUUCGUCCCAGCCAUCGUGGGAGCUGAGGAUGAGGAGGGAGAGGAAGGCUUCUACCCGCAGGGGGAAGAGGGAGGCCGCUCCAGCCCGCAGCAGAACCCACCGAAAGACCCUGUUGUCUCCAUAGGCUUCUACUGCACCAAGGCCUCUGUCACCUUCAAGUUGACAGAGAUGCAGGUGGAGAGCAGUUACUACAGUCCUCAGAAGAUGAAGAGCAGGGAGGGACUCUGUCUGGAGCAGGAGGGCAUCACCAUGGAGGUGCUGAUGAUGGGGGAACCCUUCUUUGACUGUCAGAUCGGCAUCGUGGGCGUCCGGGCGCUCUGCCUGAAAGGCAUCAUGGGAGUGCGGGACUUUGAGGAGAACUUGAACAGACGGGAGGAGGAUGCAGUGUUCUUCAGCUGCGGGGAGAGUCUGAGCAGUAAAGGGAUGACCUACCUGACCAACUCGCUGUUCGACUACCGUUCCCCAGAGAACAACGGGGUCAGAGCAGAGUUCAUCCUGGACGCCACCAAUCACAAGGAGACCUACACAGAGAUAUCAGGCAUGCAGCGCUUUGGGGCAUUCUACAUGGAUUACCUCUACACAGUGGAGACCAGCAGCACCAACGUGUGUGUUGGGCAGCAGGACUUCACCAUGGCCGUAGGGCCUAAGGAAGAACCGGUCCCCCCUGUCCAAGAGACGUCUGUGAAGAGGCUGGUGGUCGGACCUCUGGACUUACGGCUCAACAGCAGCGCCGUGCACCGCCUUCUGAAGAUGCUGGCCUGUGCCAUGGACCACGAAUACCAACCCUACUGCCAACCACAGCCAGACCCAGUGGAGGAGCCCCCGACCUCCAGCCACCCAGGAGGAGGUAUCAGUGCUGGAGGAGUUUAUCCCCACCAGGCUGACCUGCCUCACCCUGCAGAAGGUCACUGUCACCCUCUCCAUGGCCGAGUUCAACCUCCUACACACACUGAUGCCAGUCAUCAUGGGACAGAAGGCCCCGCCAGGUCCGGUCAGUGUGCCAGUCUUCCAGGCGGUGCGGCCCCUGCCGGCCCUCAGGAUCCAGGUGGACAGCGUUAAUGUGGAGCACUCUGUUCCCAUGUUCGCCCCUGAGCUCAUCAGCACGGUGUCCUCUCUCAGCCAGCCCUCUGAUAACCUGCUGCACCACUGUUAUACACACUGCUACCUCAAGGUGUUUGGUUUUCAGGCUGGUUUGACCUGUCUGGACAGUACAGGCAGUUUCCUCCCUCUGUCCCCUCUCAUCCCAUCCUUCAGUACAGCCCUCUACGGCAAGCUGCUCCAGAUGCCUCGGUGCUG